GAGAAAAACUCCACUUGAGGUACUUUCAACACGAUGAAAACACUCAUCGCUAACAAUUCCGUAUUUUAUUUACGGAAGGACGUUUAUGAUAGUUAUAAGGAAUACCGGGAUGAUUUUAAACAAGUGGUUAAAGAGAGAGAGCAAAGUAGGAGCAGCUUUUUUCACCAAUCACCACAAAUCUAUUAUAGGCCAUUUUUGGUCGGCUACAUUACCAAAAUUUGCAGUAAAAAAUCACUGAGUCAGGGUUGUCUACAUUUGGCUGUCUAUAUUUUAGACAUGUUUAUGGACCAACACCAUAUAAUCCCCGAAAAACUGCUCUUGGUAGCAAACGUGUGUCUCAUAAUGGCCGCAAAACACGAAGAAAACGCACAAAAAAUCCCCAGAUCUAGUGAACUAAAUCAUUUAGUUGACAAUCAAUACCCAAUCACUGAUUACAUAAAGUUGGAACAUUACUUAACCAUUCAUUUUUUUCAACAUGACAUAAAACUUCAGUGUGCUGUGCAUUACGUAUUUUAUUUCAUGCAAGAAUUUCUAACUUUUGAGGAUCUAGACAACGGAAAAAAUUUGCGUACUUUAUUUUAUGAUUUUCAUGAAGCUGUUAGUGUCCAUUUGGAUAAAAUAAUCGAAGAUGUGCAUUAUAUGCAGUUGUACCAACCGUCGAAACUGGCAGCUGCAAUAAUCGCAGCAGGCCGUUCUGACAUUGGAUUAACUCAGUGGACCAAACAAUUGGAGAAUUUAACCGAAUACAAAGUAGAUGAUUUGGACGAAAUCGUAGAGAAUUUAUUGGAGAAAAAACAACUGAGAUGUCUGCAUUGUGACUUUGAGUAGUGUACUACCAACCCCAAAUAAAAAAAUCCCUAAAUAGUAAA